AUGCCGAAGGAUCCUUCUUUAAAUGUUUAUGACCCUAACUCUGAUCAGCCAAGUGAGCCUCCUCCUUCAUACGAAGAGGCUAUGGCAGAUCCUCAAAUAGACAUUGAUUCGACUGCAAACACCAUUCAAACUCACCAAAGACCAUUUGUGCCAGUUACACAAGGCUCGUCACAGCAAUAUCAACAACAAAAUCAUCAGGAACAGCAGUUGACUCUUCCAACGUUGCCCCAGCGGCCCCCAGCUACUCCUUCACGUCCAACCGAUUCAAAAACUCAGGAUUUAUAUACAAACAACUUGAACCUUCCAUGGAGAUAUCCAAGGGGAUAUUUUUGCCAAAAAUGCAAGAAUACUGGAUAUAAGAGGCGUGAUAAGAAAUGCAGACGGUGUUGGGAGAAGUUCGGACCUGUUAAGCCAGCCGCUUCUUCAGUCUUAUCUUCCACUUCUUCUUUGCACAAUUCUUCAUCAGCACAUUAUCAGCAAGGUGCAAGCCCGAUGAAUCCCGCUGUUAUAAAAUUACCACCUGGAGCCAUUUAUGGAGGCAGUAACAACCCAAAUAACCCUACAGUUGUUCUUCCUGGUGAUCCAAGGAUAGGUGGUAGAUUAUGUAGUCGUUGUCAAGGACGGGGACAGGUUCAUUUUUUUUUGGAUUUGGAGACUUGUCCGGUUUGUAACGGCUUGGGAAGAACUCCUUAA